UCCUACAGACAUGUUCUGCACAUCAUCAUCCCCGCCUGACACGGGCUUUGCAUGUCACGGCUGAAUUAGUAUAGACACUGUGUGUGGCUCUGCCAGCGACAGGCCCAGGGUAUGACGGACGGGUGCUAUGGGAGAUGCCCGUCAUAGCGGCUGCUUACAGCAGGGCACAUCUCUUAUACCGUGCCUGGCCUGGGUAGCUGGGACGUUCACGCCGGCAUCCGGUUAAGCUGUAAUAGGACCUUGGGGAUUUCUUCCGUGGAAACAGCCCAUGGGGUCUCCAGAUAGUUCCCUUGAUUUCGGUCUCCUGAGCCCGAUUAAAUCUGAGAAUUGUCCCUGAUUUCUCAGUGGGAGGGGUCAGAGUUUCCUUUGUCUGGUCCAGAAUGGCAGCCUGUGGAGUGAACACGAAGAACAAAGUCACAGUUAACAAGCCAGUUUGGGAAUUCCUCAAUAAAGAGACUCCAUCUAAAUUAAACCAGCUGAGAGAGGACAACGGAGUUCGCAUCCUGAUUGAUGGUGAAACAUCAGAGAUUUAUGUGUUGCGACUGUCUGUUGACAGCAAUGUUCCAACAAAUGCUAUCUCGCUGGCUAGAAAAGCCCUGAAAUCUCUGUUAAAGGAUACAGAGAAAGAGCUGAAGAAAUCCUACAAACAGCACCAACAUUCAGGUUGCAUGGCUUAUGCGGAUAAGAACAAUGACCAUGCGGGUGAACUGCACAUCCGCAGUACUUAUGGCAGAGGUCAGCAAAGUACGAGCAGCCGAGGUUUACCUGGAAGUUCCAGUGGGGGAGCAAGUAGUAGUCAUGGAAGUUCUCGUGACCACAGAAGAGAAGAAGCAGAAGAUGACCGGGAGAACCAGUGCCCCAUCUGCCUGGGAGAGAUACAAAACAUAAAAACACUGGAAAAGUGUCAGCAUUCAUUCUGUGAGGAUUGUAUCACCAGGGCUCUGCAGGUGAAGAAAGCAUGUCCCAUGUGUGGCCGUUUCUAUGGGCAACUAGUGGGGAAUCAACCUGAGAAUGGUAGAAUGUUGGUAUCCAAAGACUCCGGCCUUUUGCUUCCUGGCUAUGAGAAAUAUGGGACCAUUAUCAUCCAGUAUGUCUUCCCACCUGGCAUCCAAGGGUCAGAGCACCCAAAUCCUGGCGUGAGGUAUCCCGGUACAACACGUGUGGCUUACUUACCUGAUUGUCCGGAGGGGAACAAAGUUCUUACCCUAUUUAAGAAAGCAUUUGAUCAGCGUUUGACCUUCACUAUUGGGACUUCAAUGACCACAGGAAGACCUAAUGUCAUAACGUGGAAUGACAUUCAUCAUAAAACUAAUUGCACAGGAGGUCCACAGCUAUUUGGGUACCCAGACCCCACCUAUUUGCUGAGAGUCCAGGAGGAAUUGCGAGCCAAAGGCAUCACUGCUGACUAGAGGAGAAGACACUUUGCCAUCUGUAAGUGGAACAGAGAGAGGAGGAGUCUUACUUGUCCAGGUGGACAAAACUUAUUUUCCCAUGGAGAAAAUGUCACCUUCGUUUUUCUUUGCAUUAUGUCCCUUUACUCCUUUGCUGGUCUGAUAGCCUUUUGAACUAAGAAAGGAGAUAACAGCAAAUAGUUGACAAGCCAGAUUGAGCACAGAGCAUUUGGGACAUUACAAAGUUCUGCUAAUCUGUUAUGUGUUGAUGACCUUUCUUUGUCAGUUUACCUUUCUGGUAAAUCAGAAGAUGGCUGGAGAGACAAUUGUCUUUAUCAAAGAUUAUUGUGGGUGGAACACUAACAGGACCACUGAUGAGUACCCUGUGGAGCUGCCUCCUGAAGCUGUCAAUGCAGUUAGUCAUCAGUUUGAUUCCCCUGUAGUGUAUGGCUGUAGUUCUGAGAAGGAGAAGACAAGUGUUUGUGAUCUUACAGUGCAUUCCGGUUCGGGCAGUUCUAUCCAUUUAUCUGUAAUGACUUCAUGUUCUGAGCUUUGUAGUUUAAAAGCCAUUAGAAAGAACCAGUCUACUUGUUUCAGCGCAUUCUGGAUACGUAGCCCGGAUCACUUAGUCAUUGUGUUUAAAUGCAUUCUAGAUCUUAUUUUCACGACUAUAAAUGCCCAUUGUACUAGAUGCUGCAAUACAACUCCUGCAGUCCUCGUGUUACUUUUACAUUCUCUGUUUCAUUUUCUUACGUAACUGGGAUUUUUUUUCUGGUCUAAUUCAAAACAAUAAACAAAGGACUUUCUUUUUCGUUCACUCUUCAGAGAA